AUGACUCCACCUUUGAGUACCUUCACCCAUACAAUUUCGUCAUUCCUAUCUCCGGAUAGCGAACGGACUAUAAUUUACCGGCGAAGCUCCUGCUGGUGUUUCUCCACGCGAACAAAAAAAAAACAACAACAGAAUCGUCCGGCGCGUCGAUUAAAAUCGAACAGGUGGUCGAUAUUUUUUCGUCGAACGGGACAUCGGACGGGAGUCGCGCGCGCCGCCUGCCGGCCGGAUCCGGUGCACCUGCUCCGAGGAGGCGACGCUCCGCCGUCCCAGAUGGGCCGUCGAGCCGUGCCCGACGUCGCGCGACCGUUGACCGAACGAGAGAAUUUAUCGAACGCGAAAAUAGCCUCGUUGUUUGUUAAAUACCUUGAUCGACCAAUCGAGAUUCGAUAUAAGCGGAUGAGUUAA